AUGUUGCGUGUACUGGGUUCCACAACCAAGUCCCUAUCAAAGGGUUCUUUCCGCACAAUAACUAAGCCGGUAUCUUCUUCAAUAAAUUGGGUAAACGCUUCUGCGCCAAAUCGAUCAUUGAUUCACUUUACAAGAAAUCUUCAACAAGCCAAGAAAGAUGGCGAGCCACGAUCAAUCUUGACUGAAGACAUGCUUGCAAAAGCUGGCGUUGAUUUUGAAGAGGCUGAUGCAAAGAAACAGGCACACGAUUCGGAAGCUUCUUCAUCUGACAAAGAAGAUCAUGGAUCUUCAAGCAGCAACAAAAAGAGAAGAAAGAGACAAACAUCUACAGAUGUUAAGAGAGAGAGAUAUGCAAAUUGGUUCUACAUCUUUUCACUAUCAGGCUUAGCAGGCUGUGGUAUUUACAUGGGUAGAGAUUGGGAGGCCAAUGACCCAGAAGAAUUGAAGAAAGGCAUAUCCAAUGGCUACACACCAAACUUAUUUGUCCAAAGAUUUAAAGCCCGUUUCAACUCAAUGUUUACGUAUUUCCAAGAACCUCCAUUCCCCGAUUUAUUACCACCACCACCACCAGCGCCAUAUCAAAGGCCAUUAACUCUUGUGAUAACCUUGGAAGAUUUUCUAGUCCAUUCAGAGUGGACACAAAAGAACGGUUGGAGAACAGCAAAGAGACCCGGAUGUGACUACUUCCUUGGUUAUCUUUCCCAAUAUUAUGAAAUAGUAUUGUUCUCAUCGAACUACAUGAUGUACUCGGAGAAAAUUGCUGAAAAACUUGACCCUAUUCAUGCGUUCAUUUCGUACAACUUGUUCAAAGAGCACUGUGUUUAUAAAGAUGCCGUGCAUAUCAAAGAUAUUUCGAAAUUGAAUAGAGAUUUGGGUAAAGUCGUUACUAUCGACACGGCCCCGGAUAGCUACAAAUUGCAACCAGAGAACGCAAUCCCAAUGGAACCAUGGAACGGCCAGGCUGAUGACAAGCUAUUAGCUUUGAUCCCAUUUUUGGAAUACCUUGCUACCCAACAGGUGAAUGAUGUCAGACCCAUCUUGAAUAGCUUCCACGACAAGACAAAAAUUCCACAAGAGUUUGAAGAGCGUGUUGUUAAGCUCAAGAGCAAAUUCAAUCAGGACCAAAGGGCGAAAUCCCAAGGCAAUUGGGCCUUGCAAUUACUCGGAGUUGCAAACUCGGUAGGGUCCUCCGGUUCAAAGUUCCCACUCGAUCUCAUCCGCGAAGAGGGUGAAAAGAACUACGUUCGCUUUAUGCAACUGAUCGAAGAAGAAAAGGAAAAAAUCAGACUCCAGCAAGAGCACCUGGGUAACCAAACUUUCACUUUGAAGGACUACGUGGAAGGAAACAUACCAUCCCCAGAAGAGCAGCUGCAAAUGCAAAUGGAAAAACAGAAAGAAAUUGAUAUCCUGUACGAACAGAACAAGAAGGAAAAAGCGGUUGCAGUGAAAUAA